AUGUCUUCUUACAUGACUUUCAGGAUCAAGGGAUUCCUGGUUGAGAAACAAAAGCAGACUCAUCCCAUUCCCAAGUGGGUUUCGAUGAAAAUUAGUGAUAAAAUCAGGUAUAACUCUAAGAAGAGACAUUGGAAAAGAACCAAACUGAAUCUAUAAGUCACUUGUGAGACGGCACACAUAGUUAUACUGUCUCAAGGUCACUAACAUCUUACCAUGUCAUACUGAAAAGGUCACUACUCUUUCUGGGCAGGGGGACAUGUUUUAUUAGGAAAAUAAUGUUUUUCCCCUUUGUCUCUGUGCUUCUGCACUAGUAGGUUGGUUCAGUAAUAAAUAUAUGAGAACUUUUGUUUGGGGGGAAAAAACAGAAUGGAGAAUGGAUCAAAGAGAAAGACAUCAAAUUUUGUCUGGAACACGUUCAGAUGUUGGGAUUGAGUCACAUCCCAUGUAGAAAGGAAGGAGAUCCUAGAUAGGAAGUCAAGCUGACUGGAAAUACACAUCUGGGAGCUCCUAAGAGUUCCACUGCUCGAAGGGAUUCAUUCUCUGGAGAAACACAGAGGGCACAGAGGAGUAGCAAGACAGGAGCAGCCUGGCAGAAUUUCCAGGUAAAUUGGCACGAAGACUGAGCAGGAGACCAGAAGAGGCAAGUUCCCCAGAAGCCAUGAAAGACAUUUCAAGGAGUACAGAGUGUCCUCUAGACGCUGGAGGUUGGCGAAAAGGCGGACCAAGAAGAGGGGAAUCACUGACUUCUCAGUAAUUUGAGAGAAGGGUUUUAGUGGCAGGAUUAGAUACCAGCCUGACAGGAGGAAGGAAUGGCAAGGGAAUGAAAGCAUUUAGGCCAGGUCUACAGGUGUGAUAUGCAUGCCACUUGGAGGCAGACAGGGAGUCACUUCAGUCCUAGGGCGCAGGACUGUUUUGUCUCAAGGAAGAGAGAGGUUAAGGGAAGGCUCUGAAAUGCAGCAGAAUGAA